GGUGAAGGGGGCACAGUAACUAAUAUAAAUAUUUUUUAUUUUUGUGGCUCAGAUGUAACAAUAUCCUGCAAAUUUGCUCACUAAUUGAGCAGGACUUAUCGUGAGUCAUGAGGACUAUUUACACCUCGAGGUGUUAAUCGAAUUCAACGACUUGUUGAUUAACUCAUUUUCAAAGAGGAUUAGCCUAGAAUUCGCUGAGACAACCUCGGAUUUUCUGGGUUAUAAUCAUGAAUCUGCAGACACUCUUCCAGGAUUUUAAUCCUAGCAAAUUUCUGGUGCACACAUGUCUGAUGAUAUUUACAAUUCUCUUCGCACUUCGGCUCGAUGGGUAUAUCGAAUGGAGUUACUGGUCGAUAUUCAGCCCAAUAUGGUUCUGGAAGAGCAUGGUUAUCCUGGGGGCAACUGUGGGAAGUUACGUCUGGUUGAAGCAUCCCCACGCGAGACUCGAGGGCGAUGCCUACGUCCAUUACAAGGCGAUGUUAAUUACCCUGGCUCUUCACCUCAUUCUCCUCAUGUUCGAGCUACUGGUGUGCGAUAAACUGGAGUCCGAGAGGCACCUGUGGAUACUCGUCUUCAUACCCUUGAUUUUCAUAUCGAUUGUCUCCAUCGCAGUGUGCAUUUGGGCAGUGAAACACGAUCGUUCCUUCGAGCUCGAGCUCUUCUGCGCCGUGAAUGUCCUCCAGUUCAUCUUCCUUGCCCUUCGUCUGGACGGUUUCAUUGCGUGGAGCUGGGAGGUGGUGUUUGUCCCUCUUUGGGCUCUCCUCUGUCUCUCCCUCGUCGCUGUACUUUACACCAUUGUAUUUGCAGCUGUUCUCCUCAGGGCCCCCCAGGUGAACGCUCGUGUCAGGAGGACUUCCCUCAACUCAGCCCUGGCCUACACUUUUCUCGUUGUGCCAAUACUGGUAUUUCAAGUCUUACUGGCGAACAAAUUGGAUGGAGAUACUUCAUUUAAUUACACGACAGUCGCUGCACCUCUACUUCUCUCCCACGUGACACUAAUUUUGAUGUCUUUCGGUGCCAAAGGGGGAAAUAGAUGGUGGUUCGGACUGCGAAAAGACUUUUGUCACUUCCUCCUCGGCCUCUGUCCCCUCCUCCAGGAAUACGGAAACAUUUCUUAUCAAUCACGAACAGAUAGGGAUCAACCCCCAUCCGAGCCAAUGGUGUCGGAAAAAGGCGAAAAACACAUUAAAAAAAUCGACCUAAUGAAGCCAGUCGUGCCUAUCGUAUCCAUAGACCUACCAGAUUGAUAUUUAUCAGUUCUCUCUGCUCUAUCCCAUCGAUACCAAUUCCUGUUGAGUCGCACAAUGCCGUGACAGGCUCUUCUCCAUAGAUUCAUUUGACAAUCGAUUUAUGAAUCUGAAGACAGACUGAUUGAUGUAUUCAAUAAAACAUCACUAAUCAUUAAUUACGUCGAUUGAGUAGUGACAGACGGUCUUGAUGACUAAGAAUUUCAGUUCAGUCAUUUAUUUCGCGAUUAAUGGGGUUGUGCAUGAUAUUUUAAUUACAAACGUCAUGACCUUUUUUACCAAUGAUUUUAUCAACAAAUGAAAAACAUACUUUUUU